AUGAAAAUAUUUGGAAAGUUGGAGAUUAAUCUUCCAUUCCUUCAAGAACUCAAAUUUCCUCCACUGAGCAAGUUCCUGAAAGACUUUAUUGCUGGUAAGUCUAAAGAAUCUAGAAAAAUCGUGAUGGGCGAGAAUGUGUCAGCCGUGAUACAAAAGGAAUUACCGCCCAAAUGCAAGGAUCCAGGUAUGUUUUCUUUGCCAUGUUUCAUUGGUGAUACAAAGAUCGAGCAUGCUAUGUGUGACUUAGGAGCUUCUAUUAAUGUCAUGCCUUUAGCUGUUUGCGAUAGCUUGAUUGGUGUGGAGUUGGUGGAUACUAGAGUCGUAAUUCAGCUAGUCGAUAGGUCAUGUGUUCAUUCUGAAGGGUUGUUGGAAAAUGUUCUUUUGAGAGUGCAUAAUUUCGUUUAUCCCGCUGACUUUUAUGUGGUGAGGAUGAGUGGCAUGCAAUCCAAAGGUACUGAUGAUGCCAUGAAAACUCCUAAUGAUGCUGAAAAUGCUUAUGCCAUUAAUGUGAUUGACCCUCUUGUCCAAGAAUUUCUUGAGACUGAAUUCAUGCAGGAUAAGUUGGAACUGACUCUUACGAAAGGCUGGAUAUAUUUUGAUGCUCAAGAGAUGAAUGAUGAAGAGAUCAAAGAAGCUAUCAUGUCUCUUUAUGCCCAAUCGGAAAUUGCAAGUUCUAGAAGCAAGUUAUGUUUGCUCAAACAGACGUCUUAUGACAGACCGUUACAAUCUGAGAAGAAACCGCCAGUGCUGGAACUUAAGCCCCUACCUGCGAAUUUGAAGUAUGUUUUUCUAGGGGAGGGUGACACUCUUUCUGUCAGUAUUAGCAAUGAGUUGACCAGGAGCAAAGAAGAGCAACUAAUUGCUUUACUGAAGAAGCAAAAGAAGGCCAUAGGGUGGACAUUAGCUGAUAUCACUAGAAUAAGUCCUGAUGUGUGCCAGCAUUACAUUUUGUUGGAGCCUGAUGCUAAGCCUGUUCGAGAUCCUCAGCAGAAACUGAAUCCAAACAUGAGGGAAAUAGUUCUUAAGGAAGUGAGCCCAAUUCAUAUGGUACUGAAGAAAUCAGGUCUGCAAGUGGUUGAGAAUGAGCGGAAUGAGUUGCUAAAUGUAGCCACUCGCAAGGAUCAUUUUCCUUUACCGUUUAUUGAUCAGAUGUUGGAGCGUCUAGCUGGACAAGCAUAUUUCUGCUUCUUAGAUGGUUAUAGUGGUUAUUUUCAUAUUCAUGCUUUUGAUUUGUUGAAAACUAAGCUGACCACGUCUCCCAUUAUCCAACCACCCAACUGGAAGCUUCUAGUCGAGCUUAUGUAUAACGCCAGCUACUAUGUGGUGGGAGCUGUUCUUGAUCAGAAGUUGGGAAAAGAGAGCCACAUAAUUGUCUACACGGACCAUUCGGCGUUGAAAUAUUUGUUAUCAAAGAAAGAGUCGAAAUCACGCUUGAUUAGGUGGAUUCUUUUGUUGCAAGAAUUCGAUUGGGAGAUUAUAGACAAGAAAGGAGCAGAGAAUAAUGUUGCUGAUCACCUCAGUCGUUUGGUUCAAGAUCAUGAUGACGUUGUUCCUAUCAACGAAGAUUUUCCAGAUGAGCAUCUAUAUGCUGUCACAGGAACUGCACGACCACCUGUUUGCCCAAACAGAGCCUACCUUCCGAGUCAAAAUGUGCUACAAUCGACAAGUUUGACUCUGACCCCUGGUUUGCUGAUAUCGUCAACUAUUUGUCAACUGGAAAGUGCCCAUCCUAAAUCACAAAGGCACAAAGGCUGA